GAACACGGGCUGCUACCACCGGCGCGCUCUUGCUGCCGCUGAUGAUUGCGCUGCUACGCGCGCGCCCCGCCACCGAAGCAGGCGCUUCCAAGAAACAGUGGAUUAUCAAGAGCUAAUCGCAAGUGCGUUUCCUCCACAGUUCGUUUGUUUACAGGCUCAAGAUGAAUUAUGUAGAGGGUGGCGCCUGCUGGUCGAACGUGAACAGCGCCGGCCGCUGCAAGGAAAUCCUUUCCCAGGGUGUGACACGUGAGCAGUGUUGCAAUGGGGCGAACGCGCCCGAGACGAGCGCCUACAGCGAAGAAGACUACGACAAUGGGGCCCUUUUCUUCUGGCAGGUUCUUGGCGGAGGUGUAAAGUGUGACUCUUGCCGGGCGAGCUGCGACGGGGUGCGCUGCGCCGAUGGUCGACGCUGCGUCCUCCGUCGGGGCAUGCCCAAGUGCGUCUGCCGGCCGGAGUGUCGGGAGCCUCGGGCGAUCGCCGCGGGUCCCGUUUGUGGCACCGACGGUCGUACCUACCGCAGCCUCUGCAAGCUCAAACGCCGGAUCUGCCGGAAGGGCUUCCACGAGCUCGCGGUCGCCUACGGGGGCCAGUGUCGCAGUUCCUGCGCGGGAGUGCGCUGUCGGCACGGACGUAGUUGCCUCUUGGACCAGAAUCUAAGCGCCCACUGCGUCAAGUGCUCGCGCCGCUGCAGCCUCAGCGGGCAACAGCGACUGGCGUUGCGGCCGGUCUGUGGCGUCGACGGCAACACCUACAAGAGCGCCUGCCACCUGAGGGCGGCGGCUUGUCGGGCCGGGCGUGCUAUAGCCAUUGCCUACAGAGGGCCCUGUCGCAAAUACACGGACUGCACGAGCGUCCAGUGCCGGCCGGGUCAGCUCUGCCUCGCGGAGCCCCACACGGACCGGCCCCGAUGCGUGACCUGCCUCUACCGCUGCCCCAGGAACAAAGAGCUCAUCCGGGAGCGGAACAGGCACAGAAACCGCGACUACCAGGACCCAUCGCCGAUCGCUCUCUGCGCCACCAAUAACAUAACCUACCCUAGCUGGUGCCACAUCAUGAAAGACGCCUGUCUGACGGGACUCGUCCUCGAGACGCGCCAUGCUGGGCCCUGCCAAGCCGACGAUCCCGCUCCCUUCCAUAAUAGCAACAAUAGCAGCAGCGACGGCUUCGGCAAAGGCAGCGGCGACGUAAAGCAAUUCAGCUUGAAGAAGGACUUGAGACAGGUGAUCGGAAAGAGUCGGUUAGAGGAGAGCAAAAGUAAUGUAUCAAAGGAAAAUGUUCCCUCAAUAUUGUAACGUUAGAAGAAUUACUUAUCUCGGGGGCUCGCUUUAACGAUUUUGAGCGUCCGAAGUGAAAGAGAUUCGGGACGAUUUGGUGCAGUUUUAGAUAGACGAGCAAUUUGCGCCGCGACACAGUAUUUAUUUUACUUCCUGUAUAAUGCCUUAGCUGCGGCCACCUUCGGCUCACCGCGCUGCUCGCAUUCAGGGGGCUCGUUAAAUGUGGAACUCUUAUUCGAUUAGUAAUAAUUUAUUUCAUGUUGUGUAAAUAUUAGUAAUUCUAGAGCGUUGUGUUGAUUUGGAAAUUCUCUGAUUUAGCACGGCAACGGGGGUUUGGCGUGCAUUAAGAAACGUUUCUCGAUCGAUCUUUUAUUCGAACGAUCCGUUGAAUGCAGCGCGUUGUAUUAAAGGACGGAGGCAUAUUAUACAGAGGUAAAAGCAUUUAGAGCGAAGUAAAGAGUCCCAGCGUAUGUAGUAUAAUCGUCGUACUUAAUUUAUUUUAGUCUGUAUCUUGCUACGUAUGCUACCGGUGUUUGUUAAUCUGCAAAACCGUAUGGGAUUCCAUUAUACGUGUGAGAAAAGUGAACUUUUUCAAAGAUAAACACGAGCAAAAGGUAAAGUGCAAGGCCUGAAGAGUAAAGGGAACAAGUAGAUGGCGUAACAGAAAGGAUGAGAGAUUCGCGCGGAAUUCAUGGGUAACGAUACUCUUGCUUUCGAGUCACGGGCGACGACGAGUAGGAUAAGGAUAAGGAGAAGGAUGAAAGGAGGCUGGAGGAGAAGUAGGGGCAAGGAGAGAGAAAAGGCGGCACGGCAUCAUAGCAUGGCGGAAUGCAAAGGUUCUCCACAUUGCUCGAACGAUUAACGUUCCCAAAGGAUGCCAGUCUCUUCGUGGAAAAAGAAAGAUGUAACGACAGUGGACAACCUACUGCAUUAGCCUUCCCUUUGUGCUAAUGAAAUAUUUUAGAUUGAAUUUUUUUUUUCGCCGAUGAAACUUCAUACAAGGGGAAAAAUAUCGCAGGAGGGAAAAA